GCAGUCAUCUCAAAAACUUUAAACAAAAUUCAACUAUUUGUGCCCCUCACAAAUUUGUCUCUGUCCCCUUUUUGUAUAAUAAUGCAACGUUCCUGUGUAAUCUGUGGCCGUAAGCCCCGAACAAACGAAACCGACUUCAUGUAUCCGAACAAUCAAAAGGAAGCCCGCAAGUGGCAAUGCUUCCUCAAUGCCCACAAUGUGCCAGUCGAGACGUUGCGGAAGUCCUGUUGCGUUUGUAAUGCUCACAUCGCAGAGGAAAUCAGCCGACAGCAGAGCCAGCAGCAGCAACAGCCGGGCAAUAAUAAUUCCGGCAAUAUGUAUGGACAGGGUAAGCAGUCAUGGCGUAAAAACUUUCAAGGCAAUCGUCCCGAAUUCGCAAUGGGGUUGGAACGACAACAGCAACAGCAAAAUACGGGUCAUUGGUACUACAAUCAGUCGCGAGGACAGCAGAAUCCCGCCCUUCAGGAGAACAGAGGAAGAACUGAAUCGCAGUCCGAUGGUUGGGCAGGCCCUCACCCCAGAGGAGGAGGAGCACGACGCCAAGUUGACAGAGGCGGAAAUGUGGCAACACAAGAACCCGAUCCCAUACGGGUUAGUUGGAGCGAAAAAACAGAGCUUCAGCAGAAACCCCAGCCGCAGCCGGAGGGGUGGUACUUCAAUUUGCCAUCUCGACGGUAUCAGUGCACUUCAAAUUCUCAAAACUCCUGCGAUUUGUAUGGCAAGCAGAAUUGUUCGUGUUGCUGUUGUUGCUGCUGCAGGUCUAUGGGUCAGCAGAGCUGCCAAGUCCCGAAUCAGAACUAUUCGCAAAUGAGCCUCAGAAAGCCACAGCCACUGCCAAGCUGUCAGCCAUGCAAUAAUCCAGUUGUACGUUAUGGUGUCGAUAGUCAGAGCAAAUAUGAGCGAGCGCAACAGCAGCAACAACCGCAGCCUCAGCAGCAGAAACGACAGCCGCAACAGCAGCGAAAUUCGGCUAUUCGCAGCAUUCCGACGACGCCAUGCAAGAUACAGGAUCGGCAGUGCGACUGGUGCUUACUCGACGUCACCAGUUGCAUUAGCAGUGAGACUUUGACGAACAGAGAUCUGCAGGCUGAGUCGAAGGCAUACUCAUCUAGUAUUGAGUUGAACGAGGUAUUCAAUAAUCUGCUGCCGGCGAACGCUCAAGUCAAUGUUCUGGUCAUGUCCGGAGCAACUGUGCCGUCGUAUUGCGAACGUACCACUAAUGUUGAUAAGAAAGGAUCCGCCACAAAUACAAAAAUAUGUGUGAUGGAAUCGAACUUCACAAAUGAGGCUGCUACUUUUCCGGAUAUAGAUGAGACCCAGAUGACAAUAAUGCGUGCACCGACGUCUGAACCAGAGGCCCAAAAAAAAUCGACCAACAAAGAGAGCAAGAAGGACGAAAAGAAUACAGAUUGCACUGGCGACAAUUGUGCGGAUGUCCUGCUCCUUGGCAAGAUCGAACAUACUACCGAUGAGAUACCAUGUAACUGCGAACUUUGUGCUUCUUCCAGCUGGCCAGACAUUGAUACAGACAGUCUAUUGACUCGAUUUCCCGAAUGCUAUGUCACAGACAGUUACUUUUCGGAUCUCGACCAACCCUCUACCGACAUCGUCAAAUAUAAUGAGUUCAUAACGGAACAGAAAAAUCGCAUACAAGAGCUGGAACUCCUCAUAGCGCAGCAGAACAAAUUGCAAAAGACCAUUCAGAGCAAAGUCAAUGCACUCCAGUGCAAAUCUGAUGGUCAGACUGAAGAAGCGGGAAUACCAGCUACCUCUAGGAAGAGGCGGACAUCAGGUAGUGCCGUCGAGAAACGACACCAGCAAUUGAGAAGGGAAGAGAGGGAGAAAAGGUUGGCAAGGGAGAGAGAGAGGAAGCAGAAAGAAAUGAUACAACAGGCCGACUAUGAAGGCAUCCUUGCCAAGGUAGAUAGUAACUUGCAGAAUCUACAUAAAUUCAAAAAGAAGCACUCAUCAUCCGCACCUACAAAAUCAGUCCCCAACCAAUCCACUUUGGCAUAUUAAAAUUGUAUAUUAUGAAGUCAUCGAAGAACCCAGAU